AUGCAACCUUCUCAAAAUAAAACUACUCCAAAACCAAUGGUGCGUACUAAUAUGAUUGCUGGUGGUAAUGCUCCAUCACAACAACAACAACCAUCAAGUUUUCCUCAGACUAAUGUUGCUGCUCAGGCAAAACCUUCAAAGAAUGCUCCUGCGAAUACAACUCCUACUCCUGUACCAAAGGCAAAUACUUUACCUGCUCAAGAAGUAAAAAAUCCAGAUUCUUCUUCUGGUAUUCCUUCUACAAAAGAUCAAAAACCAAAAAGACCUAUGAAUGCGUUCAUUAUAUUCUCUAGUGAACGUCGACCAGAAUUACAAAAGAAUGAUCCUAAUAUGCAAACUGCUCAAGUUAGCAAAAUUUUAGGUGAAGAAUGGCAAAACAUGGAUAGC